CCUCUAUAUAAACGUAGCGGGCAUAAUCAAAACCCUAACAAGUAAGCUUAGAAGUGCGCAGCUACAGAGCUAGCUAUUAGUUGAAGCAGCGAAAAGAUGUCUCAUCGUAAGUUCGAACACCCGAGACACGGUUCCCUUGGCUUUCUCCCAAGGAAGCGAGCUUCUCGUCAUCGUGGAAAAGUGAAGGCUUUUCCAAAAGAUGAUUCUAGUAAACCCUGCAGCUUGACUGCCUUUGUGGGCUACAAAGCUGGGAUGACCCACAUUGUUAGAGAGGUUGAGAAACCUGGUUCAAAGCUUCAUAAGAAAGAGACAUGUGAGGCUGUUACUAUCAUUGAAACUCCUCCACUGGUUGUUGUUGGAGUUGUGGGAUAUAUAAAGACACCUCGCGGCCUUCGCACUCUGAACACUGUUUGGGCUCAGCAUCUAAGUGAGGAAGUUAGGAGACGAUUCUACAAGAACUGGUGCAAAUCUAAAAAGAAAGCCUUUACCAAGCAUUCAAAAAAAUAUGAAACUGUGGAAGGAAAGAAAGAUAUUGAAACUCAACUUGAGAAAUUGAAAAAGUACGCUACUGUCAUUCGUGUUCUGGCUCAUACUCAGAUAAGGAAGUUGAAGGGUCUAAAACAGAAGAAGGCACAUUUGAUGGAGGUCCAAGUUAAUGGUGGGACAAUAGCACAGAAGGUGGACUAUGCAUACAGCUUCUUUGAGAAGCAAAUACCUGUGGAUGCUGUUUUCCAAAAGGAUGAGAUGAUAGACAUCAUUGGUGUGACCAAGGGUAAAGGUUAUGAAGGCGUUGUAACUCGCUGGGGUGUUACUCGCCUCCCACGCAAGACACACAGAGGUCUAAGGAAGGUUGCUUGUAUUGGUGCUUGGCACCCUGCUCGUGUUUCAUUCACAGUUGCCAGGGCUGGUCAGAAUGGAUAUCAUCACCGUACUGAGUUGAAUAAAAAGAUCUACAAGGUUGGCAAGUCCGGUCAAGAGUCACAUGCAGCCGUCACUGAAUUUGACAGGACUGAGAAGGAUGUUACUCCUAUGGGUGGAUUCCCUCAUUAUGGUGUGGUGAAGGAUGAUUACAUUAUGGUCAAGGGAUGCUGUGUUGGACCAAAGAAGCGGGUUGUCACUCUUCGUCAGUCACUACUCAAGCAGACAUCCCGAGUUGCUCUUGAAGAGAUCAAACUGAAGUUCAUUGACACCUCAUCCAAGUUUGGACAUGGCCGCUUCCAGACCACUCAGGAGAAGCAGAAGUUUUAUGGUCGAUUGAAGGCUUAAAUUUUUGGUUUUGCUAUGGGAAUUUCAUUUAUCCGUUCUCUUGAAGAACAUUUUCUAUCAAAAUUUCAGCAGCAAAAUAAGACAUUUAGUGGCCUUUUUUUGGUGUUAGACGAUGGUGAUAUUUUUCACUGAGAAAGUAUUAUGCUUCUACUAGUUGCUUGGAAUACUUUUGCUGCGUUAUUCUGGUCAGCUGAUCUCUUUUGGAUGAUUUUUGAUAUUUGCUUUCUUUUAUUUAUAUUGUCAUAUGGUGGUGGUCCUUAGUUAACUUCUGGAAGGGAG